CAAUCAAGAUUGAAGUUAGCAACAAUGGUGGUCAGAAACAGAGGAACCUUUCUGCUACUUCUGGUAGCAUUUUGUUAUGGGGUGACUAUGGCAAUGGGGCUCAGAGAAGAAAAAGAUCAGGCACGGUGGAGAUCACAGAGGGAAGAGAUGAUUAACAAAAGGAAAAAAGAGUCAAAAAGUGGUAGUGGUAGAACUGGUGAAAACUGGUUCUUAUUAAGGGAUUACAAGAGUAUUGUCGAGACUGAUGCAGGAGCGGUGAGGGUGGUGAGGACCAGGGGCGACAGCAAGAAUAGGCCAAUGCAUAUUGGUUUCGUUACCAUGGAGCCCAACACCCUUUUUAUCCCUCAGUAUCUUGAUUCCAGCUUGAUUCUCUUCCUGCAUAGAGGGCAAGCUAGACUCGGAUACAUAUGCAAUGAUGAACUGACAGAGAGGCAAUUGGGUGAUGGAGAUGUUUACCGAAUUCCGGCUGGAUCGGCGUUUUACUUGGAGAACACAGGAGAAGGAAGCAGGCUGGAAAUCAUCAGCAGCAUUGAUGCAUCUGAUAGCUUUGGAAUGGGACUCUUUCAAUCUUUCUUCAUUGGGGGAGGAACUUACCCAACAUCUGUUCUUUCUGGCUUUGAGCCUCAAACUCUCACAACUUCAUUCAAUGUCUCAAUGGAUGAAAUAAGGAAAAUCAUGAGCAAGACCAGAAGGGGUCCAUUUGUGCAUGUAAAUGAGAAAAGUCCAAGCACUUGGACCAAAUUCUUGAAGCAAAAACAGGGAGACAGGCUGCAACACCUCAAGAGAAUUGUGGAAACUCACCGAGAAGAUGAGAUUAGCCAGGUCCAAGAGCAACCAAAAUUUUCAUGGAGGAGAUUACUGGGUUCAAUGCUCGGACAGAAGAUCAAUCUAAAGACUGACAACAACAAAUGCCCGCAAGCCUAUAAUCUCUACAGCAAGAACCCUGAUUUCAGCAACAAUUACGGAUCCAGCAUUGCCCUAGAAAGAUCCGAUUACAGCCCGCUCAGACACGCCGGCAUCGGCGUCUACCUCGUCAAUCUCACCGCGGGAGCAAUGAUGGCACCUCACGUUAACCCCGUAGCGACCGAAUACGGCAUCGUUUUGAGAGGGACAGGCAGGAUCCAGAUCGUGCAUCCAAACGGUACCUCCGCCAUGAACGCCAAGGUCAGGCAAGGAGACGUAUUCUGGAUUCCAAGAUACUUCGCCUUCUGCCAAAUCGCAUCGAACUCAGGUCCGUUUGAGUUCUUUGGCUUCACCACCUCGGCUCACCGUAACCGGCCACAGUUCCUGGUCGGAGCAAACUCGCUUCUGCAUACUCUAAACGGACCGGAGCUCGCGGCGUCACUUGGCGUGAGCGAGGAGAGAGUGAAACGCGUGCUAGAUGCGCAGCACGAGUCGGUGAUCUUGCCGGCGCCAGCGGAAACUAGGAGUGAGGAGAAGGAGAAGAAGAAGAUGAUGGAGAAGUUGGCGAAGCUGAUGAAUGCAGGUUUUGCCAAGUUUUGAUUCGGGAGAGUUAUUCAAUAAAUAAUUUUUUUUUUUUCUUUUCAUAUUUCCGAGUUUUUCGUCUGAAUGAAUCGGUGAGUUGUUUC